AUGGAAAAUCAAGAGCUCAUUGAUGGCAAAUCUCCAGCAGACCAUGAUAACUUAAUUGCUCAUGAGAAAUCAGCAAGACUCUUUAUAGAGGCUGAAAAUUUCUUUUCAGCGCUGAAUGAACUCGCCAAAUGCGAAGAAAUCAUUCACGAAUUUUCGACGCAAGGAAUAACUCCAGACCCAGAGUACGCGAUGGCGACACUUUAUAACAUGGCUUAUUGCUACUUUAAGGUAGGGUGCGUCGACAAGGCAAUCUCGUAUCUGGAAGCGUGCUUAUGUCCAAGAGAACACCCAGUUUGGAAUAGGCUCAGUGAAGAAGAAAUUAUGGGGUAUAUUAAGAAGUCAAAGUAUAUGUGUCAGAUUAAUUUACAAGCAGCGGCUUUGUAUUGCCAAAUGGGCAACCAUGAGGAUUCUUUAAAUAAAAAUCAGGACGCUGUUUUUAUUGCAAACUCACUUGUGGAGGCAACUGCAAAGGUAUAAAACUCAAAGCCUCUUUUGGAUUGCUCUGAGCUGUAAGAAUCUUCUAACUUUUGGAGUUAGCUCGGGUAGAAAUAGUUGUCAAGCCAAAUCUACCAGUUGGCAAGAGCUAUUAUUUGGCAGGUGAGUUGACUUGGCAGCUAUUGAUGUCCGAGCCAACACCACUAGUUAGAAGGGUGCCGUUCAUCAUUAGGCGAUCCAUACGAAGUCCUGGGUUAUAUAAGUUUCAUAUAUGUGCAUAUCAAUAUAAGAAAAGUAAAGAAUAUUCUGAGAAGCAGAUAGCACUUUAUAGUUUAGCACAAAGGUCAAUACCUACACUAAAAAUUUUGCUUGAAUUUAUAAAGAAUGGGAAACUUCCAGACUGUGAUAGUCCUUCAAUCAAAACUUUAUUGGGGAUUAAAAAUGUACCUGAUUGGGUAAACAACUUUACAGUUGGAAAUAUAUUGGAUUUAAAGCCAAUGAAUGUGGACAACUUAAAAAGAAGAGGUAAAUUGCAUAAUGAAUUUUCUAAAGACGCUUUGUUUUCCAAGAUAUCGUUUGUGUGCCUAAGUCUUUAUAACACUGCUAUAGAAAUCAGACAUUUAAGAAUGAACACAUCAGUAUCAUCAGAUUUGAAUGCAUGUGCUGAUUUGUUUAUGCAGAGAGCUUAUAAGCUUUCCUCAUUGUUUUUCCCAACGAAUUCGGCCUUUGGAAAUUAUAUAAAUAAUGGAAGCUUAAGAAGAAGCCCUACAAAGCUGAGAUCAAUUGUAACUUUUAAUUAGCCUGAAGAAACAGACGAGUCACAGAAGUCUUCACCAGUCAAGCUCCCACUUAUCAGAGAAUUGUCAAAGAAAAAGCUUUCAAUUCCAAAGCCAAUGAGAGGUUCUAAAACAGAGAGAAUUUUGCCUCCUAGUGAAAAAAAUAAUAAUUUGUUAGCAAAUGUGGCCUUACAAAGACAACUGAGUGAACUGUUUGAAAAGCUUGAAACUGGAAAAAUCAAAGUCAAAAAAGUAAGGCAGAAAUCACUGGAAAAUAGACAGAGAAAUCUGACUCCAUAUGACAGGAGUCCUUUGAAAAUCACUGAUACUUCUAAUUCUUUUUCUCAAUCUUAAAUAAUGGUGUUGGGCUUCAUCACAGAUAUGUUUUUUCAACUUUUUCAGAUUGUUGCCAUAUUAAGGAGUUAGGUUAGAUAUUAAAAUUAGGCGUUAGCCAUAUUUCUCACGCAGUCACUAAAGACCCCCCAUACGGGAGGUUCAUCCACUUUUCGACUCCAGCCAGAGGGUAUAUCCCAGUAAUGGAUGCCGCUUCCUUUACCUUCUGUCUCCUCCUUAUCUCAUGGCUCUCGAGUGGAUGGCUUAUGGAUUUCUGCGGCCCUUCUACGGGCGAUUGGAGUAGCUUGAUUCCAUGCAUCAGCUCCUUGGAGUCUAUUAGGUGCGAAAUCAUCUUAAUUAAAUCCUUCUAAUUCAAGUGUAGCAUAA